AGCAAAACAAGAAGCAAAAAAUAAAAAAUAAAAAAUCGCGUGGGGUAGAAGCGAAAGAGGAGCGAAACACACCUACCUUCGUCACUACACUACUCAACUCAACGAAUCUAACCAAAUUCAGAGACUACUCCAAAUCCAAAACCAAAAACUCAAAUUCUACCGCACAAAAAAAGAAAAAAAAGAGAGAGUCAAAGUCCUAAAUAAUUUGACAGAUAUACAGAGUCCCAUCAGGCCAUCACUCACCGUUUCUCUCUUUUUCUGAUGAAAAUUUGGGCUUAGCUAGCUCCGACAUGAGAUGAGAUGAGAUUCUCUAUCCUUCAGAUAUCUGGAAUCUAAUAAAUUCUCUACAACUCUCUUCGUCUCAUCUCUCUCUCUCUCUCGCUCAUGGCUACUCUCUCUGCUUUCUCUUCUCCUCCAUGGCCAAACCCAAAUCCAAACCCUAACCCUAACCCUAACCCUAAUUUUGUUGACUCCUUUUCUGACCACUCUUUUCCUCUCGAAACCGACUCCGAUUCCCCCAUGCCACAAGACCCGAUCGAACCUCCUCAUCCUCAAGAUCCCAAUCCCAACCCUAACGCUACCCAGAACCCGAACAUCCAAUACCCGUUGACCACGCCGCCGGAUUCGCCGCCAUCGCCGCAGCUGAAUCUUCUGCACCUCUCGUUCAACCAGGACCACGGCUGCUUCGCGGCGGGAACGGACCACGGCUUCCGGAUCUUCAACUGCGACCCGUUCCGCGAGAUCUUCCGCCGCGACUUCAUAUCCUCGUCCACCGAUUCCGCCGCGGAGGAAUCCGGCGGCGGCAUAUCCGCCGUGGAGAUGCUAUUCCGCUGUAACAUCCUGGCGCUCGUCGGCGGCGGACCUCACCCUCAGUACCCGCCGAACAAGGUCAUGAUCUGGGACGACCAUCAGAGCAGGUGCAUCGGCGAGCUGUCGUUCCGGUCAAACGUGCGGUCCGUGAGGCUCCGGCGUGAUCGGAUCGUCGUCGUUUUGGAGCAGAAGGUGUACGUGUACAACUUCGCGGACCUCAAGCUCCUUCACCAGAUCGAGACCAUUGCGAACCCUAAGGGACUCUGCGCGGUCUCGCAGCAGACCAGCUCGCUCGUUCUCGUCUGCCCGGGCCUUCAGAAGGGACAGGUUCGAGUCGAGCAUUACGCCUCUAAGAGGACCAAGUUCAUCAUGGCUCACGACUCCAGGAUCGCUUGCUUUGCACUCACCCCCGACGGUCAGUUGCUCGCCACGGCUAGCUCUAAAGGCACUCUGGUCCGUGUUUACAAUACAAUUGAUGGAACUUUGCUCCAAGAGGUAAGGAGGGGUGCAGAUAGGGCAGAGAUCUACAGUUUGGCAUUCUCUUCAACUGCCCAGUGGUUAGCAGUCUCAAGUGACAAGGGAACUGUCCAUGUUUUUAGCCUUAAGGUUAAUUCUGCAUCAGCAGGGAAUGACAAGCCUCGAAGUGCAUCUGAUCCAAAUCUUGCUGUUACACAGUCAAGCACAUCUCUCUCUUUUAUCAGAGGAGUUUUGCCCAAGUAUUUUAACUCAGAGUGGUCAGUUGCCCAGUUUCGCUUGCCUGAGGGUUCUCAUUACAUUGUUGCUUUCGGUCACCAAAAGAAUACAGUGGUAAUUCUUGGCAUGGAUGGGAGCUUCUAUCGCUGCCAGUUUGACACGGUGAAUGGAGGCGAGAUGACGCAGCUGGAAUAUCACAACUUUCUGAAGCCAGAAGAAGCCUUCUGAUACUUGAUGUGUAUAAUUUAUUUCUUGGCUACAUAUAUAAUAUAUUUUUUCUCUUUGAUUUAGGAUAUGGGUAUCAUGCUGUAAAUAUAUGAGUGUAAAUUAUGCUACUUCCCAAAAGUAAGGGAAAAAUUCCUGUAAUAUCUGUAUGCAUCUGUUCAUAGCAAAAUUUUCAAUGCAGGUGGGCAUGCUUGGAAAGUACAAAGAUUCUAGUGUAAUUUAAAAAUGUUCACUCAAUCAAAUUUAUAUUCUAGUAUUUUUACCAGUUUUA